AUGGCGGCUCAUACGCUGUCCUCUCUUCACCCUAUCACCACUGGCACGAAAUCUACGGCCACUGGCGAGUAUCAACUGGCUUCGGACUACUCCUCUCUCCUGACUGACUUCGUCUCUGGCAAUGAAAUCCCCUCCUCUGCGAUCAUCAUUGACAUCCCCGAUACCCACACAACCAACAUCACCGACAUCCUCCCCCCCUAUUCCGAGUACCUGAACGACGGGCCGAACUACAAGGCCCGCAAACGCUUGCCUCACGCCGUUCCCGAACUGCCCAGGCGUAAAAAGCCGGUCAAGAAGGCUUCUACCCCUGCCUCCCCAGCUCCUACACCUGUUCUUGCCAACACCACAACCUCCAAGCUCCCGAAAGCGACCACCUCCUGCAUCACCGCUGAGGACCGCGCACGCUGGGCGAGGGAGGGGGAGGAGCAUGCAGUGAAGCUCGGCAGGGUCAGAGCGGCAAUGAGCAUGAUGGGGCCAAGGAUUGGGAGGGUGAGUCCUUGAGAAGAUGGGAGGUUAUGCGAAUGACUUGGUUCCUUCUGCUCUCACGACUAUUGCCUGCUUCUCCCUCCUCACCGGACCAGCCUUUCCCCUUCUCCUCUGCCUCUGUCUCUCCUCUUCCAACCCAUGCCUUCUUUCCCCUCUUGCUACCAGGACACCCACACGCUCCUUAGCCCAGCCCAGUAGGGCUGCUAAUGUAUUACACCAUGUAGGGCACAUCUAACUGGUAAUUCAUUCGCUCAUAAAGUUGGGGGCUCCUGUCCUGCA